AUGACCUUGGUGGCCUUUACUGGGAGUUCACAGUACCUUCACUUGAUGUUAGAGAUGACCUUGUUGACCUUUAGUCAGCUUACAGUACCUGUACUUAAUGGUAGUGAUGACCUAGGUGACCUUAACUCUGAGCUUACAGUACUUGUACUUGAUGUUAGUGAUAACUUUGGUGACCUUUACUCAGUGUUCACAGUACCUCCACCCUUUACUCAGCUUACAGUACCUGUACAUGAUGUUAGUGAUGACCUUAGUGGCCUUUACUCAGAGCUUACAGAACCCCUACUUGAUGAUAGUUAUGACCUAGGUGACCUUUACUCAGAGCUCGCAGUACCUCCACUUGAUGAUGACCUUAUUGACCUUUACUCAGAGUUCACAGUACCUCCACUUGAUGGUAGUGAUGACCUUGGUGACAUUUACUCAGAUCUUACAGUACAUCUACUUGAUGGUAGUGAUGACCUUAGUGAUCUUUACUCAGAGCUUACAGUACCUCUACUUGAUGAUAGUUAUGACCUAGAGUUCACAGUACCUCCACUUGAUGGUAGUGAUGACCUUGGUGACAUUUACUCAGAUCUUACAGUACAUCUACUUGAUGGUAGUGAUGACCUUGGUGACCUUUACUCAGAGUUCACAGUACCUCCACUUGAUGUUAGGUUUGACCUUGGUGACCUUUACUCAGUGUUCACAGUACCUCCACUUGAUGUUAGUGAUAACUUUGGUGACCUUUACUCAGAGCUCACAGUACCUCCACUUGAUGUUAGUGAUGACCUUGAUGACCUUUACUCAGUGUUCACAGUACCUUUACUUGAUGUUGGAGAUGACCUUGAUGACCUUUACUUGGAGGUUACAGUACCCCUACUUGAUGUUAGUGAUGACCUUGAGGCCCUUUACUCAGUGUUCACAGUACCUCCACUUGAUGUUAGUGAUGACCUUGUUGACCUUUACUCAGAGUUUACUGUACCUGUACUUGAUGGUAGUGAUGGCCUUGGUGACAUUUACUCAGAUCUUACAGUAUACCUAAUUGAUGUUAGUGAUGACCUUGGUGACCUUUACUCAGAGCUUACAGUACCCCUACUUGAUGUUAGUGAUGACCUUGGUGACCUUUAUUCAGAGUUCAAAGUACCUCCUCUUGAUGUUAGUGAUGACCUUGUAGACCUUUACUAA